AAAAUAAACCAAAAAUGAACACCGAUACAUCUGUUGUGAGUUUGUUAAGUAAUUUGUGCGAAUCAAAGCCGGAUCUGCGCAAACACAUGGAGCAGUUCGAGGCAUCACUCGCGAAGUACACCGAAAUUAACGAAAAAAUGAGUCAGCAUUAUAAUCCACUGAUCUGGCGCGCAGAGUCUGUUAGCGCCGCAAUGGCCGAGACACCAACUGAGGACAAGAAGAAAAGCGCCUCGAACCUGCGCAAUACACUGAUUAAAUCUAUGGUCUUCGCUUGCAAGGGCUUCGAUUGUCUCCAGGCCAAGCUCAACAUACCCGAACUGAACGCUAUGGAUCGGAGGGGCACAUUGAAUGCUGAACAGAUCUUGGAAACACUCGGGGUCUUGCCCACAGACGUUCCACCAGAGAAUGGAUUUCUAGGGUUUGCAGAGUUAUUCGAGGAGCUAAAGGUGCUGGAGGAGCCCAUGGAUCUGAGCAAGCCAGAUUCGGCCUGA